GUCGCGUAGACUUUUUUCUCAUGAAUAUUCUAUGAAAUCAAUAUGAAUAGGGACGACAACAUGCGUAUAUUAGACGAACCUCGCAUUCUGUCACCGGCUGCUGACCAAGUGCGAACCAAUGUUCAAAGUUCUACCACAGGAGGAUUAGAGCCGUCAACAGGCGCCAGACUGAGGCCUGAGUCUAGGUAUGAACUAGACGCCCUGGACAAAUAUUCAAUACUAAGGGACAUCAGCGAUAUGCCAAUCCACCAGGGAUUAGACGAACCUGGUAAUACUAGGUGGUCUCCACCACCUCCGUAUGAGGCUGUCCUUGAGCAGCCAGAUGGGAUAGACGUAGCGAGAUAUCUGUCCGGUAGCAGUAACGAAGACCGCCCAUCGUCGGUCUACGGAAGUAGACGACACAUUACCGCACCCGUACCUCCGUGGGAUGCAGAACUAGUCGCUGAAUUCCGGAGAGACCCGCCAGGCAUUGCGGGCCAAAAUUUCCUGCUCGACAGGAUUACCGAUGCUUGCGAGUACAGAGUCCUUGCUGAGGCAGAUGGGCAUUUUCUUGUCAGAGCCAAGUACAACGACCAACAGAUGGUUCCAAAGCUUCGUAACAGCGAACUCGACAUCGGGGAUGUUGUAGUGCAAGAUCGAGAAGUCCAAACUUACUUCAAAGCCAAUCCCGACCAAAUUCGCGGAGCACGGUUGCGAGUCAAGGGUAAUAAUGAGGAAUACAGGAUUGAUGAAUUUUACGUGAAAGAUGGUGUUAGGUGGUUCGAAUUUUCACAGUUGUUAAUGUACGGCGAGAUGUUGAGGAUGAUUAGGUUGAGUCACAGAUUGCCGGAUCUAUGAAGAGGAAAUACACAUUUUUGCAUAUUUAAUGAAUUUGACAUAUUUUGAAAGUCAAUUAAAGAACCCACCGGA